GUCUCAUUUACUUUUCCUUUUCUUCAUAUCAUAUUCUUUUCAUCCCAAAGUUCUGUUCAAAUCGUAUUUUGAGCUACUUCCUGGAACCUAUCUUCCGCUCUCGAUGUCGCAAAAUCUCCCCAAAGCUGAAUACAGUAGCCAGACCUCAUCCAACGGUGAUGAUUGCCGCCAUGAAAUCGCAGCGCAGAGCUACAUUAGCAGCGCGAACUCUACACCUCCUCCCACAUUCUCAGACCUCGAUCGCUGGCGAUAUCAUAUCGACUUUCAGAAGUUCAGUAGUGAUCUUCAAGCCGCAGCAAACGCCGUUUUUCCUAAUGACACCAAAUCGCGAUACACCAAGGUUUCGGUGUUGAUGCUGAGCUGGGAGAACGAAGAUCCCAAUUUACCUGUUUCGCAGGAGAUCGACAAGCUUUACAACGUUUUCCGGAACUUAUACCAGUAUGAGACGGAUCGCUGGACGAUUCCGGACGAUAAUUGCCAUUAUAAGUUGACGGAGAAGAUUAUGGAUUAUGUCAAGCCUGCGGAGGAUAGCAAGACACAUCUGAAGAUUGUGUAUUAUGCUGGACAUGCAAGACUUACUGAGACAAGAUUGCUGGUAUGGACUAGCGUGAGAAACUACACAAAGCCAAAAUGCCCGAUUGUGAAGUGGGGUGGCAUCCAGACGAUUUUGGAAGAAGCACCAAAUGAUGUCCUUAUCUUGCUAGACUGUUGUGCUUCCGGGACCGCAAAUGCCAGUGAAGGAAAUGGGGUAAACGAGCUUAUUUCGGCUUGCGCUUUCAACGAAACAGCAAAUGGUGUGGGGCCAUUCUCGUUCACCAGCGCUCUCGUGACCGAACUUCGACUCCUGGGCAACAGACCAUCGUUCAGUGUCGGAGAAUUGUACAAGAAGAUAUUCUUUCGUACCCAGUGCAGAAUGCCAGAAGAGCUCUAUGCGGAUGGAACUGAGAGAGAAAGACACCCCGCGCCGAUUCAUCUAGUAUUGACACAGGGUGGUCCAGUACCCAGAAGCAUUCAGCUGCCUGCAAAAGUUGGACCACAGAGGCAGGUACUGACAACAAGUUCAUGGCAACCUCCUCUUUCUUGGGGCUACAAUGGCUCCAAUUUCGGAUCUUUCGACUCAGGUACAUCAGUUUCAGCCAACAGCAGGCACUCCUCUGUUUCGGGUCCCUCAAUAAACCAAGAUAGUGUCUCUACAAUGGGAACGUCGGUCACAACAGAUCCAAUACAGGGCAUAUCGGAAGCGCUGAAACACCAACGAGGGCCAAGACUACUGUUCGCUGUUCGAAUGAGAGAUACCUUUCAGCCUGGAGAGGAUAUGGUCGAGCUGUUCGCUGAGUGGAUGCGCUGCAUACCAACUAUCGCAGAUGAAGUCAAUGUUGAAGCAUCGUUUGACAGCUACUCGACAAUUGUCAUCAUAUCACUGCCAGUCUCCGUAGCAGCAUACCUCCCACAAGAUCCCUCCAUAAUAUCUCUUGGACCGAUAACCUCUGAGAAUCGAGUGCUGCUACCAGAAAAACAUCAGGUCCUGCGCUCCGCCAUUCCAUAUUCCAUCCAUCAGCGAAACAAUUCGGAACCCGGACCAAGGCGAAAGAGCAAUACCAUCGAGCACCCGGGUAACUUCAUUGGGGACUUCGUACCAUCUGCACAGUCGUCUUUAUCCGCGAUCCUCGAUCUCUUGCCAAAGAUCAAAACUUCGGAUCUCCAAAUCAUCCUCGAUUCCGUUGAGACCAUUAAACGUUCCUCAGGGAUCUACAACUCAAAGUCGGAGCCAGAACCCAUCAACAUCAACGAGGUACGCGGAGGGCCGAGAUUUACAAAGCUAGGGAUCGGGUAUCGGUCCACCAAGAAUAUCCCACGAUCCAUUCCAAAGACACCGACCAGUAUAUCGCAACGCUCGCGGAAGUUAGAGGAGGAAGCAGAUUUCGAUACAAUCACACCAUCCCCAGCGUGGGACUCGAGUUUGCGUUCAACAUCUGGAACCUGUUAUUCGAUCGGUGAAAACCGUGACUCUUUCCAAUCUAUGAGUUCACUGGGCUCGUUUGAAACGGACUCAAGUUUGAAGAGUCAACGAUCUUCUACAUCCACUAUCGCCACUCGCUUCAGUCACCUCUCGGAUUUCAAUCCUCAAAACACGGUAAGACAUUCAGCAGCAUCUCAUAGACUAAUAGAAGAGACUUGCCCGCCAUCACCGGGUUCCCAAGGUGUAGACUUGCCGAAUAACACUAUCCAUUGCACUGCCCCUCACUGCAGUUACACAUUCUCCGAUGACGCCUCUCGAGAACGCCACGAGCAAACAGCCCACGAAUACAAAGGCAACUUCACCUGCCUCCUCGACGCCUGCACUUCAGCCUGCAGUUUCCCCUGCUUCCAAAUCUGCCAUUUCAAGCCUUUCCAAACCCAACGUUGGGAUCUCCUCAAAGCACAUCUGCAGAAAGAACAUCUUGAUGUCAAAUUCACGUUGGAGACGCUGCCGGAUUCGUGGACUGGGAACUAUGAGCAUACGGGCAGUGGGUGGAAUUGCGGGGAUUGUGGAAGAUUUCUGGGGAGUUGGAAGGAUAAUCCGAGUGCGAUCAAUAGGCAUUUCGAGAAUUGUCCGGUGAGGAUAGAAAGGUUGAAGGAGAAGCUGAAGUCCCGAAAUGAGGGGAAAUCCGAGGGAGGGUUUUCGAUCAAUCGUUGAAUUAGACAUAACAUCUAGAGGAACACUGUCGUAUCUAGAUGUAUGAAUUGAGCAUUCACGCUUGGGUCAAACACUCUCCUCCUAGACAGCUUUCUUCCUGUGGCUCCGGUCCAUCUGGUGUCAUGUGACUUCUGUCCGUUAAAGUGGAGUCGGAAAGAAAGAAGCACCUACCUGCUAUGGUGGAAAAGAGAAUUUUUCAUCGACCCCUCUGAAAUAAAAUAGUGC